AUGAAUGAUAGCACUGGGAAGGGGGCCUGUGUGGCGGAGAUCGUACUAGCUGAGCCUCUCACGUCUGACAUGGGACUUUGUGACGUCUCACACAAUGUUCAGACUGGAUGGGUCGCCAAUCCGCUCACAUCGUUUCACCUGGCCAACUUCUGCUUUCACCUGGCGCCAGACCUUCCUUGCCAUGAUGCUAUAAUCAAGGCAUUGGAGGAUAGGUCUUUCGGCCUUCACGUUUCUGUCAGCCAAUCUCAAGCAGUUUGGGCAGUUCAAGUCACCCUAGGCGCCAACAAUGAAUACGAGUUUCUGGAUAACUCAUUGCAGGAUGGGUUCAAUAUCGCACAGGUGCAGCGGGGCGAGGCGGAAGUUGAAACUAUUUGUGACACUCUGGAACAUCUGGCGCGGUUCAGAAUGGUGAAGAACCUGAUCAAUGAGGCUCCUUCAACUGCAUUUCAGGAGGAAUUUCAAAUUCAUAUGCGGCAGGAUGAUCGAUCCUUUGGGCCUGGGGAGCAGAUAGAGGCACGGAAUGGGAGUCCUCUGCAAGUGGUUAUCAAGAACGUAGGCCGCACCGUUAAUUAUGCUCAGAUCUACGACUUGGGCCCCUGUGGCCGAAUUAAGAAUAUCUCCGGCGGCAGUUAUAUCCCUAUCCCACUAAAAGGCGACGCAAAGGACAUCCAAACAGGGAAAUGUACAGGGGUUUACACGGGAAAGAUCAAGAUGAAGUAA